GUGACGCGUAGGUGCUGGCGGCCGGGGAGCGGCGGGGUGGGCGGCGCAGAGGCCCGGAGGAUGCUGAGCCUCCGCGCGGCCGGGCCCCGAGCACAGGAUGGCGAUCCGGGAGCUCAAAGUGUGUCUUCUCGGGGACACUGGCGUUGGGAAAUCAAGUAUUGUGUGUCGAUUUGUCCAGGAUCACUUUGACCACAACAUCAGUCCGACCAUUGGGGCAUCUUUCAUGACCAAAACUGUGCCUUGUGGAAAUGAACUCCAUAAAUUCCUCAUCUGGGACACCGCCGGGCAGGAACGGUUUCACUCACUGGCUCCGAUGUACUAUCGAGGAUCUGCCGCCGCCGUCAUAGUGUAUGAUAUCACCAAGCAGGAUUCAUUUCAUACCUUGAAGAAAUGGGUGAAAGAACUGAAAGAACAUGGCCCAGAAAAUAUUGUAAUGGCCAUUGCUGGGAACAAAUGCGAUCUCUCAGACAUUCGGGAGGUUCCCCUGAAGGAUGCUAAGGAAUAUGCCGAAUCCAUAGGUGCUGUUGUGGUCGAAACAAGUGCAAAAAAUGCCAUUAAUAUCGAAGAGCUCUUUCAAGGAAUCAGUCGCCAGAUCCCGCCCUUGGACCCCCAUGAAAAUGGAAACAAUGGCGCCAUCAGGCUGGGAAAGCCAAACUUGCCCACCAGCCGCCGUCGCUGCUGUUGACUUGAAGCCAAGCCGCUCCUGUGUCCUGUGCCCGAGGCCGGCUCCUCACCCAGAGAGAGGCAAGCCCGCGGCCCUGCAAUCUGGAAGACUUCCAGGAAGUGGGGCAGGAAAUGCCCCCAUAAAAAAGAAUUUUAGGAAACUAUGGAAAAUUCCAGCAAACUGCCACAAAGUGACCUUUAGCAUUUCAGAUGCACUUGCAAGGGCGCUGAAAUGAGCUAAACAGCAAAGUUGAGAUCUUUUGUUAAAAAUCUUUAAAUAUUUUUGAAUUUGUACAAAAGGUUUUCCUGGAUUUUGUAUGAUACUAACAUAGUGUUCCAUUCCGAUUUUCCGUGUUCCUUAGCCAAAUGUCAGUCACUUUUCCAGAGUCACUCCUCUGAUACCUAGCCAGCCUGCACCAAAAGGUUAAUUUAAUCCAGUUUCCCUUUCAGCAGGAAGUAACUGGACCAUCAUUGGAGCUGUUUGUUUCUGGUGAAACUUACGCUAUUGGCAUGCGAAAAGCUGUUGUUCACAGCUCCGACUCUUGAAGUUCUUUCUCUAGAUUGUGGUCACACACAAACAGAUCCAGUUUGACUCAAUGCUCUGUGUAAUUGGGAGGCCUCUAGGUGAGUAGUGAGAGAGGUAGGAUGUAAGUAUGUUCCAGAGUCACCUGGCAUGCACCCCCUCCACAGUGAUUAAGUUCUCCCCUCAAAGACGUUAUUUGCGCAGAGUAUUGUAUUCUUAAGUCAGAGUGUCACAUGCAAGCGAAAUUCUAACUGGAGGAGGUUUGCAUCUAAAUAGUGGAGCUAAUUUCUAAAGAUAGCAAUUAAUCAUUGGUCCCAGUUAAACCAACCAGAAGAAUACCAGCACCUUAACAUUUUAGACUCUCAAAACUACAAAAUUAAAAAAUAAAAUUUUUUUAGAAGAUACCAAGUUUGGGAAGGUAGAUAUUAGGACUAGUAAGAGGUCUAGUUCUAGAAUGUUGGACUACAAAUAGUCUAACAAAACCUUCCUGUCUCCUUACUUAACUAUUUUGAAUCCAAAGGAGAGAGAAAAGGCAAAGGAGAGAAAGGUGUUUCCACUCACAAUUCAAAUAUCAUAAUAAUGCCAACAUAUACAAAAGGCUGGAGUCAAGAAACAGGAGAUUUCCUUCCCAUUAGGCCUUAGAGAGGGUUCCUAACAAGAACUUGGAUCCCUUGGAGAGAAGAGGAUACUGCAGACGAAUGGCCUCCAAAGAGAUGGCUCCUGGGGCAUGAUAGCAGGGCCCACAGGACCCUCCAUGGCCAGAAGCAUUCCAGGGCCAGCAGUGCGACCAGAAUCACAAUACAAAUGCCAGGAAAGGGAGUGAGCUGAUUAAAGACCUGGCGCUUCAGAGUCCUGUCAGGUACACCUGUCUGACAGAUGGGGACCCCAAGCUCACCGUCCACCAAAGCCCACAGUCCUUGGCGAGACUGAAACCAGUUUCACACUCCUGCAUGUGGACUGCCGUCAAGGAAACAGCCAGGUGGAAGUCACAGGCUUAGGCUUUUUUCACUCAAGUCCAUAUGCUCCAUCUGGUACUCAUCCAAGUUCAGCCAGCUCCAGAGUCUGAUAAUAAUCUUAGAAUGUGAAGGCCAGAAACACAUAGUUGUAGUGUCUCUUUGCUCUCCCAGAUGGGUACCUCAAAAACUGUUAGGUGUAGGUAUUUGGGUAAUGUUGGAAGGGUCUUUCCAGGACUUUUAGUAUUUUCUCUACUUUGUCAACCUGACUGGCUAACAGAAUUCCGCUUGCGGGUCAAGCAAUCCUUACAUCUCUCUCCCUGUAGUUUAAAGAAUCAGAACUGAAGAUGAAAAUGACGCCUUUCCAAGUAACAGCCCUGGGCUUGUUUUGCAACCUUUCUCUAUUCUUGAGAGCCCAGGUCUUUCUCAACAAGGCACUUCUGGCUGAGGUGGUCCGUGUCCCAGCAGCUUCGGAACUCUGGCCCGGCUCCUUCCUGCGUGGCUGUGACCCAUCUGGCGGAUCUUAGCCCCCGUUCAUGAGCUGCCCCUGAAUGAACUCAUGGUUUUAUUCCAGAAGCACACGGGAUGCAAACCACUCUCUCUGUCCUUCCUUAACUACUCAAGCCAGUCACAUGACUAUGAACACUACUCGGAGCCACUGGCAAAGGGACACUAGAUGGCAUUCAUGCAUACAGGUGUCCAUGGAACAUGGAGUCUUUGCUGAAGAUGUGCUGGCACCUGGUCCACAAUGAAGCUGCUGCGUCUUUUCUUUUUGAAAAUCUUUCUUCACAUUGCCUUGAAAUGACAUUCUGGCUCUUCUGAGAAUUGAACCAUACACACCAGAUGUUACAGAAAGACUCCAAAGGACUGUUGCUCCAAAAUGUCAAGUAGUUUCUUGUGGAGUGGCACUCUUCGCAUCACUAUCCAAGACUUGCUCCUUUUCCCUGUUUCCUCACCUUCCCUGUGCACUACACAAGUGUACAUGUGUAAAUGGUUUCCUGUUUGUUAGGCAGACAUAUCAUUGAUUCCACUCAGAGACUGCCAUGUGACUACGGUGUGUCACUUCGGCAGGGGCUCCCAGGGGGAUUAUUUCCCAGCAGGCAGUGGAAUCAUGCAGAAGAUAUUUGAGGGUACAUCAUUGACCUGCCAUUUUAUAGCUGAAAAUGGUACACCAGGGUGCUGGGAUGCAGACUACAAAGGUUGAAGACCUAAACAAACUUCUAGACACCACGAGGGCUGUGUCCCCCCCAGAGAACUGAAUUUUUCUAAGACGGAUUUGGCUGACUGAAAUAUUGUCUAUCAGAUCAAGGGCCGGAAUGGAGUGGCUCUCGGAAGCCCCACACCUCGCUGCACUGGAAUGUGUUUAGCGAAACUGGUCGAGUCGGCUUAGCAACGGAACGGCCCUCUGGUGCUCUAGUUCUGGGCUUUAGCUGUCGUUAUGGAGACCAAUGUUGAUCCUAUGUCAGUGCUCUGUUGUGGAGACUGUUUCCAUUUCCUGUGUUUUCCUAAAGAGCUUUUGUCUGGGCUGGACCCAGGUUUUGUAUAUAGAAGACCCUGCCGUACGUAGGACCUUUCCCUUAUAGACUCUGUACUCAAGCAUUGCCCUCAACAAUGCCCAAUGGUAUCUGUUAUUUGGGUUUUAAUACACUGAUUCAUACUAAUAAAUAUUUUUAAGUUUUA